GAUGAAGUUGAGUGCCGUUGCGAAGGAGAAGCUCUAUCCCGUGUACCACAGACAUUAACUGUACCAUUGCAAAGGCUAACAAUUGCCUCGGCUGGUUUGCCACGUCUACGAAAUACAGCUUUAAAGGUUUACAAUGCAUCACUGUCGGAUAUUGUACUGACAGAUCUGAAAUAUCUGGAAACAAUACAGGAUGGUGCAUUUGCAAAUUUAAGACACUUGAGGACAAUUUAUAUAUCACAUGCACCGAAGUUAGAGUAUUUAUCUAAGGAUGUUUUUCAAGGUAUCUCGGAUACCAUUAAAGUCAUACGUAUUAUAAACAGCGGUCUAACAACAAUACCGGACUUAACUUAUUUGCCAUCGACAAAUAUACUGCAAAUGAUAGAUCUCGAUAAUAAUCACAUAACUCGAAUUGAUUCCAAAUCGAUUAAAAUAAAGACUGACCAAUUAAUUUUAGCAAAUAAUUAUAUAAAUUAUAUAGAUGAUUCAGCAUUUUAUGGCUCUCAAAUAGCCAAACUAAUUUUAAAAGAAAAUCGCAACCUGCGAGAAGUACAUCCGAAUGCAUUUCAUGGCAUGAGUAUGCAAGAAUUAGAUCUCUCCAGUACCUCUUUGGUGCGUUUGCCCUCGGCUGGCCUACAAGAUAUUGAAGUGCUGCGUAUUGAAAAUACCCACACACUGAAAACCAUACCAUCCAUUUAUAACUUUAAGAAUUUACAAAAGGCUCAUUUAACACAUUCCUUUCAUUGUUGUGCUUUUAAAUUUCCCUCACGCCACGAUCCACUCCGUCAUGCCGAACGUCUAAAGGAAAUCGAAAAAUGGCAACAACAAUGCACGAAUAAAAACAAUAGAGCAGCAAAUAAUUUACAGAAAUUCGAGAAAUUUACACAAAACAAUAGAGCCACCGAUGACUAUGAGGAGCUGAGAAGUGGUGAACGAGGAGAUGGUGUAGGAGGAGAAAAUGCAGAAUUUGUCAAAGGUACUUGGUCAACGCCACAGGUUGAUUUGGGCGCCACAGCUGGUGUAUGGCAUCACAGUACGACACAUGGUGAUGAAUUUCCGGUUACGGGGACAACUACGUCUGGCGUUGCCGCAACAACAUCCUCAACCCUGGAUACAAAUCAACUCAAUUUGUUGACAAAUAUCAACAGCAUUCUAUUCAGCCGUUUAAUGCGUUCCGACUUUCCAGUAGGAGAUGACCAAUUUGUAGGGGAAUCGAAUAUGUGGUCUGAGCUGAAACCCAAUUUAAAUGACAUCGAAUAUUUUGUCGAUGAGAAUGAUUAUUUGUCGGAUUCAAUGAAAUCGGAUAUUGGCAUAUUCCACGAACCAAUCAACACAGAUUCAAGUCAAUUGGAUGAGUACUGUGAGGCAAAUGCAUUGAAUCCCUGCGAAGAUGUGAUGGGCUAUCAAUGGUUGCGUAUUUCCGUCUGGAUUGUUGUAGCCUUGGCCGUCAUUGGAAAUGUUGCUGUACUUGUGGUGAUUCUAUCCAUCAAGUCAGAAUCCCCCUCGGUUCCAAGAUUUCUUAUGUGCCACUUGGCCUUUGCUGAUUUAUGUUUGGGUCUGUAUUUGCUGCUAAUAGCCUCCAUUGAUUCUCACUCGAUGGGCGAGUAUUUUAAUUAUGCCUAUGAUUGGCAAUAUGGUGCUGGCUGUAAGGUAGCCGGCUUCUUAACAGUCUUCGCCAGUCACUUGUCCGUAUUUACAUUGACCGUAAUCACCAUUGAACGUUGGUUGGCCAUAACCCAUGCCCUCUAUUUGAAUCAUCGCAUCAAAUUGCGACCAGCAGCUUAUAUUAUGAUGGGCGGCUGGAUUUAUUCGAUUAUUAUGUCCUCGUUGCCAUUAUUCGGUAUAAGCAACUACUCUUCGACGAGUAUUUGCUUGCCCAUGGAAAUUCGUGAUCCUUUUGAUACCGCCUAUCUGGUGGCCAUAAUGGGUCUAAAUGGUGUGGCAUUCUUUAUUAUUGCAAUUUGUUAUGGCCAAAUAUAUUUGUCGUUGGGUGAGGAGACCCGUCAUGCUCACAGCAACUCGACGGGAGAGAUGAGUGUGGCCAAGAAAAUGGCUUUAUUGGUCUUUACAAAUUUUGCCUGUUGGGCGCCAAUAGCAUUUUUUGGCCUAACAGCAUUAUCCGGCUAUCCUUUGAUUAAUGUAACCAAAUCGAAAAUAUUACUUGUAUUCGUGUAUCCAUUGAAUUCCUGUGCGGAUCCAUAUUUAUAUGCGAUUUUAACAUCACAAUAUCGUCAGGAUUUAUAUCUGCUGUUGGCAAAGUUCGGUCUCUGCCAACAAAAGGCACUGCAGUACAAAAACAGUAUUUCCUUUCCGGCCACCUCCAAUUAUACCUGUUCCAUACAGAGGCACGGUUCUUUAAUACCGAAGAUACAAAAGAACAAUAGUACCCCGCCACCUGAAACUCAAAUAAUGCUGCAGGGCAAAGAGGAUUUUGUCUGAGACAGCGUUACAAAUCGAAAUGAGAUUGUGACAACAACAACAAC